AUGUCCAACAAGGCCCCCUCCACACCCGUCAAGGUGCCAUCAAGCGCAGCCAACUACACCGCCGCGACCCUGGACCCUGAUCUGCGCUCUCAGAUCAACUCGGUCCUCCUACACGACGGACACGUUCCUCAAAUCCAAGAAGCUCUCCUCCACGCCCUCAACUCCGACUCAGCCAACUGGCCCACCACCAUCCAAUCCCACGCCCUCGCCCUCCUCCGCUCCGGCGAAGUAACCACCUUCCCCGCCCUCCUCCGCCGGGUCCUCGACGACGUCCGCCACGACUCGGCCCUCAACCCCGUCUCGUCAAGCACCAACGGAAAACCCGCCACCAACGGCGACGCAGCAAAGGCCAACGGUUCCAGUGAAGCAAAGACGACCCCGAGCCUCGCCAUACCAGAAUCCGUAGUCGACGAGGCCCUGCGCGUCACGAGGGAGCACCUAGAGGCCAUCUGCGACAUCGAGGACGACGAGGCUGCCUAG